CACUGCUGACACUGCACCUGUCAUGGCUGACAUCACCUGAGUCAUGGCCGAGCUGUUGGUGUUGCACCUGGACCGUGGAACACCGGACAGCACCUCACUGGGCAUCGAUGUGGAAACCGGUCGUCAAUCUGCUGGAUGGGAUGGAAAGACGGUGCUCAUCAAGAAAGUGAAGGAGGGUGCCAUCCAAGCCUGGUGUCAGCAACACAGGCGCCUGAUCCAAACCGGGGAUCGCAUCGUCUCGGCCAACGGCCACACAGGUGAUGCAGAGAGGAUCUUGGCUGAGUGCCAGAAGCGUCAGGCUUUGCGGCUUGAAAUUAGAGCUGUUUCUUCCACCAGGCGUCCUGCUGCUGGUGCAGAGCAUGUGGAGGAGAUUCGCGAGGCCUUGCGCAGCGCCAGCAGUGCGGCGGAGGCGGUGCAGCUGCUGAGGAAACAUCGAGACCACUGGCACCCCAGCUGGGGUGCUGAAGCCUUGCUUCGCGUGGCCUUGCGCUCCACGCAGAAAACGAAGUUGGCAUGGGCCAAGGACGCCGCGGUGUUGGAGCUGGCGGAAUGGCAGCUGAGCGAGGUGAAGAUGGCCAAGGAGCUGGCUGAGUUGGAGACAUCCUUGGUUUCUUUGGAAGGCUUGAAACGUCUGGGUUUCCAGCUCUCCUUGGAGCACGUGGCGCAUGUGGCCCGGCUCCUGACCCCCCAGGGCCUUAAGAUGUCCAGCAAGUCCAUCUGUCGCCUGCUGUGGCUGGCUGCUCCCUGGAAGCAACGCAGCAAGGACCUGGCCGAGGUGGCGAGCCUGUUACGUGUGCUGCGUCAGCGCAAAGCCGCUGACUUUGAUGGACUGGACCUGAGGAUGCUCUUCGAUGCCGCCCGGAGGUGGUCCGAGACCACCUGGCUACAGGCAGAUGUUUCGCCAUCCAAAAAGGAGCCUCAAGUCUUGAUUCCUGGCAAAGGCUUGGUCAAGGAGGUGCAGACGGCGGAGGAAUGCGUCAUUUCCUUUGGUUUGACGAUCCACGAGAAAUUGGAGGGUUGGAGUUUGAUCCUCACGUCAGCGCAGGAGAACCACCAGGACUGGCUGCCGGGCCUUUACGUCUCUAGGGACGGCGUCCUGGCUGCCAGCUUUGCCAGGACCAAGCAGCGCUUGUUGGAAGACUUGGAGGCGCAGAGUCAGCAGACCCUGGCCAACGGCCUGCCAACAUUGCAGGUGAAGCAAUUGGCCCUGGUGACCCUGACGGUGCCGAGCUGGACCUUUUUCGGCUUCGAUGGCGCGCGGUUUGCCUCGGGGCGACGCGCUUGGUAUCGCUCCCAUGUUGGCGCUGCCUCCGUGACCGGUGACCGUCGGAUGUCCCGUGCGAAGCGGAGCAGUGCCGGUGGGUGGCGGGGGAGUGUGGCCGAGCGGCCCGCCACUUCAGCGUUGCCACCCAUUGAGGGAAGUGUUUCGUCCGGAGAGUUCUACUCAAAGAGGGUCUCCUUGACUCCGACGGCGCAAACACAAAGCCCACACUACAUCCAGAAGAGUCUCUCAUCAGUCAAAUUGUUCAAAGAUAUGGAUGCUACUGUGCUCAAGAUGCUCCCAGAGAUUGUGAUCUCCAUCUUCUGCAAGGCCGGCACGGUGCUGUUUAAACAGGGAGAUCCACCUGGCAGUUGCUACGUGAUCAUCUCAGGCUCCGUGGGCGUCUUCGCCUUGUCCGAUGAGGAGGGCGCCCAGGCUUCGGCGGAGAAGCAGCAGCAGCAGAAGUUCAGCAACUUGUGUGAAUCCUCGAGUUUCCUCCAAGACUUCUUACCUGGGCAGAAGACGGUGGAUGGCUUUAGUCGAUACCACGAUGACACGGCUCUGGGCAAUCGACUCUCGAAGCUCUCCCCUGGAAGCGUUUUGGGCGAGUUGGCUUUGAUGAAUGAUCAGCCAAGGCUCGCGUCGGCGAAAUGCCUCGAAGAUACCGAAUUCUUUGUCAUACGAAGGAACGAUUUUGACAACAUCCUCAAAGAGGAGAUGGUCAAAAAAGGCGAUGAAAAGCUGAGAUUUUUGAUGCUGCACUUGCCUGGCAUGAAAGAGGUGCCAGUGCCCAAGCCGGGCGGCAAGCCGCACACGUCCUACAUCUUCAAACAUGGCAAGUUCCCCAGGGGCCACACCUUUCUAUGUCAGGGCAAGAUUGCGGAGCCACACUUGUGGGCAGUCUACCGCGGCGCCGUGGAGUUCCGCCGCGCCGAAGUGCUCUCCAUGGAGCGCCUGGAACGGCUCGGCGGCAGCGCCGCCGAGCUGCCGGCGCCGCAGGAGGCCAUGAAGGGCGGACGGGCCAAGAGCCUUAGACCGCUGAGUGCGCUGAAGAAAGGCACUUCGAAGCCGGGCCUCUCCGCCUCGGCGCCGCGGCUGCCCGGGGUCCACGGCAUCGGCCGCGACGGCAACGUGGCGGCCGAGGCAAACGACUGCAACCCCAACGGCGUGAUGAGCCGCCGCGGGGUGCUGGUCCGGGGCGGGGUCUUUGGUUCCUUGCCAUUCCCAGCACCGGAACCCUUUACGGUGCGAGUGACGUCACCCAUGUGCGAAGUGUUCUUCAUCACCAGUGCUGACUAUUCCAAGAUCCCACGAAAGUUGUUGGAGGUGCUUCAGGACUAUAUCGCAUCCUCCACCACCUGGCGCUUGAGUUGUCACCAGAAGAGCACCAACUUCCGUCGCGCGCGGCGCCGUGGUGACGACGCCCGCCUCUUGGGCCGUGGCGAGGAAGGCGACGAUGAGGGCGACCAGGGCAUGGAGAUGGCGGUGGACGUCAGCGAGCUGUUGGAGGAAUGCCGUGAGGAGCGAAAGCAUCAAUUCGAAAGUUUCCAACGUCAGGCCUUUCAGGGCACCUAGGAAUCGGCGAUGAAAGACCGGCGACGAUUCCUCAGGUGGUGUCGGUUGUUUCCG